CCCUCCUCCAGUCAUUUCCAGCCUCACAAUCUCGAACAAUCAACCUAACCCAACACACACAUACACCACCACAGUCACCCACUCGACUCCACACACCAUGCGUUGCACCAUCGCCAUCGCGCUUUCUGUCGCUCUCCUCAACUCUGUCUCCGCUGAGACCGUCUCACCAAGAGGGCUGGACGGCCUUCUGGGAGGCCUUCCAAUCGACGGAUUGGCUGGCGGUUCGUCAGGUAACGGCGGUCAACUCGACUGCGUCAAGCAGAACGCACUUCUGAACGUGAACGCUCUGGCUUCCGUUCACUGCACCAACAACAACGGUGGUGGUUCCGGCCCCACCGAGUCCUUUUCACGAAGAGGCUUGGACGGCAUCCUCGGCGGCCUUCCCAUCAACGGUUUGCUUGGCGGCGGCUCGGGCGGUGAUGGUGGCAAGCUCGACUGCGUCUCCCAGAAUGGACUGCUCUUGAGCGCCAACGUGUUGGCUAAAGCUGACUGCACCAACAACGCCGGCGGUGGUGGUCAACAAAUGGGCUGCGGUCAAUCGAGUGGCGGCUACUCCUCCGAUUCCACUACCGCCGAUUGCGCCAGCUACUGAUUCCCUUCGCAUGUCUAGUCGGACAUUGCAUGGUGCUAUCUGGAUCCCCGGCUCCUUCUCAUCCACGCAGAUUCUCUUAUUUUUCCCUGGCGCUUGUUCCACAAUUGUAUCCUAUUCCAUCUCUUCACUCAGAUACUUAGACUAGAGUUGGCUCUUGUGCUUGCUUCGCACUUCUUCUCCCCUUGUAUCCUGUAGCUCUCUUUUCUCCGCAUCACUUUCUUUAAUCAAAUCAUCCACGUUUACUCCGCA